AAAGGAGUCCUGUAUGUAAGUGUCUUUACUAUAAUUGAGCUCUUUAUUUAAUUGACAGUUGCUAGAAUGUUGUUUGUGCUCUUUUUUUAACCAUUAACCAUCCAGUAUCAACCCACUAAUGAUUAGGAUUACCUGAUUAUUCACAGGCAGGGUCAUAGGAAGGAUAUAGUCUUAAUUUAGAUGAUAAGAUUAGUUUUCUCCCCGAAGUUUUCAAAUGUCAGUGUAAGACAUCCAGACCUCAAGCCUCAGGCAGGAGUUGCAUAGAAAUGAAGGUAGUUUGUAUACUGUGGUAAAUGAAGAUAGAAUAGUAGUUUGACAGUAACUUCAUUUAUAAUACAGGACUGAAAGUACAUUGGGUGCUUUUAGCUUGUUGGUUGUUCUUGAGUGCUAUGAAUUACACAAUGCGAUCAAGUGGACAUUCACUUGACAACAAGGAGUCUCUUUGUCAUUGUGAGAUUCAUCUAUCAACUUGUUUUAAGGGAUAAAGGUCAGUCUUGUAAGUAAACGUGUGUAGACAUAUGGAAUCUAAAUAUCCAACAAGGACUGUCACAUACAACACACUACUGUGCACUGAUGGAUGUUGUAUUAGGUUUCAACCCUUUGUGUUUUCAGGCUUGCAGCUCGACCUCAGGUUGUAAAACAGUGAACUGAUCAGAUGUAUCAUAGCACAUGAAAACACUAUGUUAUGUUAGACUUGUUCUUUUAUAACUUUACAUACUUUGGGCAUGUGUUGUGUUUCAUGGUGUAUGUGUGGCCUGCUGCUCAUAGAAAUGAAAAAAGGCUAUUGUAUAUGCUUUAAUCCAACAUUAUAAACAAUGUUUGGACAUUAUAGUGCAUGUAGUAUUUUUGAUGCAGAUGCAAAAAAUUGAGUUUGUGUAGAGAACACCUUCUUUUAAAGGACUAGCAGGAGCAGAAUGAGACGAGGGGUUAUUUUGGCGAUGGAGAUUAAGGCAGGGGCUUUUUGUCAUUUGUGCGAGACAAGCCAUUCAUCCAUCCAGUUCACAGCCAAAAAAAGGCUGGUCCCAGAAAUUAGCAGUUUCAGCUCAGCAGCAAAGUCGUCGGGCUGUGAAGGCAGAGAGAAAUUGACUAAUUAGCAAUGCGCACUAAAACUUGACGGUUCUCUCUAUAACAGCGAGGGAAAGACUCGGUUUUUCUCCCCCUUUCUCUUUUCUUUCUUCCAUAGAUGUUUGAAAUCGCAGUCAUUUACGCUCGACAGUUUUUACAAUAGCCUUGAGCCAUAAUUUUGCGAGUCUCUCCAGCAUCCAUACCCCUGCAUGGUCUCUCUCCACCGGCCAUGCACGACCGUUUCUCUCCCCAACCGUGGAUUUCCUAUUACUCUCGUUACGACUCACUGAGCCCCAGGCCCAAGGAUAAUGAUGUGUUGUUUCUUGGUAGCAUAAUUUGUCACACGUAUAUUUCUUCUUCUUCUUCUCUUGCAGAAAGCACAGCUCCCUCUCACACACUCACACACUUCUUGUUAAUUCAGAAGAACAAAUGAUCAACGUCAACAAAUAACCUGAAAUAGUGACUUUAUGAGUUGGAAUCAAUGGUUAUUUUGAGACACCACCGACCAUAGACUUUAAAGGAAAGGACAUUUUCUUAAAAGGAGAACAAAGGAAAAAUUCAAGUGAGAAUAUUGGGAACCCGAAGCUUACUUUCUUUUUUGUCAAGAGCUGAAGUCAGGUGGCGUUCACAGUCAGGAAGUCAUGUCCAGAUCGGGUGAUAGAACAUCCACCUUUGACCCAACACACAGUGACACCCUGCUGCACGGGCUCAAUCUCUUAUGGAGAAAACAGCUUUUCUGUGAUGUGACUCUCACUGCCCAGGGACAGCAGUUCCACUGCCACAAAGCUGUGCUGGCAUCUUGCUCCCAGUAUUUCAGAUCCCUCUUCUCUUCCCACAAUGUUAUCAACAAUGAGGGCAGCAAAGGGGACCAGGGCAGUAGUGGGACCCCCUCAUCCUCACCUGAUGACAAGCUGGUGACCCCUAGCGCCAGGCCCAUCAAUAAUCUGGUACUCCAGGGCUGCUCCUCCAUUGGACUACGACUAGUGCUGGAGUACCUGUACACUGCCAAUGUGACUCUUUCCCUGGACACAGUGGAAGAGGUGCUCUCAGUAAGCAAGAUCCUCAACAUCCCCCAGAUUACCAAGCUCAGCGUGCAGUUCCUCAACGACCAGAUCUCUGUGCAGAACUACAAGCAGAUCUGCAAGAUUGCUGCACUCCAUGGACUGGAUGAGACCAAGAAGCUGGCCAACAAGUACCUGGUGGAGGAUGUGCUGCUGCUGAACUUUGAGGAGAUGUGUGCCAUGCUUGAUGCUCUGCCACCCCCAGUGGAGUCAGAGCUGGCUCUAUUUCAGAUGUCAGUCCUCUGGCUGGAGCAUGACCGCGAGACUCGCAUGCACUAUGCGCCGGACCUUAUGAAGAGGCUGCGCUUCGCCCUCAUUCCUGCUCCAGAGCUGGUGGAGAGGGUGCAGUCUGUUGACUUCAUGAGGAGUGACCCUGUGUGCCAGAAACUACUCCUGGAUGCCAUGAAUUACCACCUGAUGCCCUUCAGGCAGCACUGCAGGCAGACCACAGCCAGCAGAAUCCGUUCCAAUAAGAGAAUGCUGUUACUGGUGGGUGGUUUGCCUCCUGGACCUGAUCGCCUCCCGAGCAAUUUGGUCCAGUACUAUGACGAUGAGAAAAAGACAUGGAAGAUCCUCACAAUAAUGCCUUACAACAGCGCCCAUCACUGCGUGGUGGAGGUGGAGAACUUCCUGCUGCUGCUGGGCGGAGAGGACCAGUGGAACCCCAAUGGAAAGCACAGCACUCAUUUUGUCAGCCGCUAUGAUCCCAGAUUCAACAGUUGGAUACAGUUGCCUCCUAUGCAGGAGAGGAGAGCCAGUUUCUUUGCCUGCCGCCUGGAUAAGCACCUGUACGUGAUUGGGGGUAGGAACGAGAGUGGCUACCUCUCCAGCGUGGAGUCCUACAACCUGGAGACUAACGAGUGGAACUACGUUUCGUCUCUGCCGCAGCCUCUGGCUGCCCAUGCAGGAGCUGUGCACAACGGCAAGAUCUACAUAUCAGGAGGGGUGCACAAUGGGGAGUAUGUGUCCUGGCUCUACUGUUAUGACCCUGUAAUGGAUGUGUGGGCGAGGAAACAGGAUAUGAACACAAAGCGUGCCAUUCAUGCCCUGGCUGGAAUGAACGACCGCCUAUAUGCUAUUGGUGGAAACCAUUUAAAAGGUUUCUCCCAUCUAGACGUAAUGUUGGUGGAGUGUUACGACCCGAAAGCUGACCAGUGGAACAUCCUGCAGACACCCAUCCUGGAGGGCCGCAGCGGCCCGGGCUGUGCUGUGUUGGAUGACAGCAUCUUCCUCGUGGGCGGCUACAGCUGGAGCAUGGGGGCCUAUAAGUCUUCUACCAUCUGCUACAGCCCAGAGAAAGGAACAUGGACAGAGUUGGAGGGAGAGGUGGCAGAGCCCUUAGCUGGCCCAGCCUGUUCCACUGUCAUACUGCCUGCCUGCCUUCCCUUUAACAAAUGACAACUAAUCCAACCGAAGGGCGGUAAGGGUGUGGAGCAGGAGCGUGAAUGGAGGGAGGACCAUCAAUAAGCAAAACAGUUGUUCAACAAUUUUCUGACAAACCCUCCGGUCAGAUGACUGGGGUGUGUAUAAAUUAUUUUUUUACAGGUUUGACCAGAGCACUUUCGUUAUUCCCUACUGAA